CUUGCGGGAAGCGAUGUGUCUUCGUGUUCAGUGACGAACGCUGUGAGCUUCGGGGCGCCCGCCACUUGCAGCCAUGCGCUAGCGGACCAGAUCGUCGAAGCCUUUUCCUUAUUUUUUCACCCAAAAUUUAGCUUUCGUCCCCUUCCCGCAACCGCUCGGUGGAAGUGUAUUCGAGUGCCCCGUAAAGCAGCCAAGCCUAGCGCCGGCCAACUCCCCGCCGCUCCGCAGCAGGAUGGUGCCCCCACGGACGGCUCCUUCUAAAUUAUUCGGUGUUUCGUUUGUGAGUCGCAAAAUCUCCUCGCGGUCGUGCAGUGACGCUCCUGUGCACAGAAUGGAUAACGCCAGCUUACGACCCUCCACCGCAAGCCUGCUAAGGAUUUCCGCCUGCUUCUUCUUGCUAUUGGCUCAUGGCCUUCCUGUAGAAAGUAAAUGUGCAUUCCGGGGGAAGUGCGGCAUCAAUGAGGACACCGAGAAAGACAUCCCCUGCAAGUACGAUGGGGAAGCACAGCCCCUUGAGAAAGAGGGCCUAGAAAUUAUCAAAGAAGUGUGCCCCCAUCUACUACAAGGUGAUGAACCAAAGUUUUGCUGUGAUCUACCACAACUACAAAAAAUGCAUGAAGAGCUAAAACAACCCAUCAGCUUAGGCAUGGGCAAGUGCCCUACCUGCUACAGCAAUUUCGCGCGGAUAUUUUGCGGUUUCUGCGACCCGAACCAGGGCGACUUCGUAGCUGUGAAUGAAACUGAGCCCAGCCAAGAGCCCGAUGCCGGCGAGCUCAUGGCGACCGUUGUAGACUACGCCAUCAGCGAAGAAUUUGUCCAUGGUGCUUUCAACUCUUGUGCCAACGUCAAGUCUGUGAUAACAGACACGACGGUGAUGCAGCUCAUGUGCGGGGCACAUGCCAGCGAUUGCCAGCCCCAGUAUUGGCUCGACUUCCUGGGAGCCACGUCGGAGGAAGGCGGGUUUUCGCCUUUCAAGUUCAACUACAUCAUCACCUCAAAAGAAAGCGUUUCGAGUAGUGGGGUCACGCUGAAGCCUUACAACCCAUCCUUCCACAAGUGUUCCGAGCCAUUUGGUCCAAGCCAGCAGAAGUGCAGCUGCAGCGACUGCCCGGAGGUGUGCAUUCCCCUGGAGGCGCCACUGCUGCCGCCCCCGCCGGAGCCGUUCACGAUGGGUCACUACGAUGGCAUGCUGGUUGUGUCUAUGCUGCUCUUUGUCCUGCUCAGCACCACCGUGCUGAGCACGUUCUUCCUCAAGAGUCACAAGAGGAAGACUUCCUUUCAAGUGUCGAACUCGUCGGAAUCCAGUGUGUCGGACACGAGCAGCAACAGCAAUGACACGAUCAGGACCCCGCUGCACAGGCCCUCAAAGCCGGCGCGCACGAUUUUGUUGCAAGCCGUGGAUCUUGGCUCCCUUGAGGAGGUGGAACCUCUCAGAUCAAAGCGCUCAAUGAGCGGUCAAAACUAUCCCUACUCUCCGAGCCAAUCGCCUCCAGGCUCGCCCAUCGCCCUGCGGCCCUCGCCGCUCUCCGGCGAUGCCGUGGACGGUGCCAUCAACGGCGUUGUUAACGGGCUCGGUAAUGGCGUGGCCAACGGGGACGCCGUGGCUGUGGAGCCACAGGUGCGCACGCUCUCGUCGUUCGGCGCGACCAUGGAGCGGCUGCUGCAGGCGGGCUUCCACCGUUGGGGCUUGUUUGUGGCGCGCAACCCCAUGCUGGUGAUGAUGGCCGCCCUGGCCGUUAGCGUGCUCCUCUCGUUGGGUCUUCUGAAGUUCACUGUGACUACCAACCCAGUCGACCUCUGGGUGUCCCACAGCAGUCUGGCCCGCAAACACAUGAACUACUUCAACACUCACUUUGGUCCUUUCUACCGUGUGGAGCAAAUCAUCCUGCGUCCAAAAGCCCAAGACUUCUUCGUUGUGGAGAAGGCUGGCGUGAACAAGACGUUCGGUCCGGCUUUUGAAAAGAACUUCAUGAUGGAGGCACUCAAGCUGCAGUUGGCUGUUGAGGCGGUGAUCGGGAAGCUUGGCCCUGACGGUCUGCCUCUUCACGAGGGUGAGGAGGAUCUGUACAGGCCAGAGCAACUGAAGAACGUGACCAUCUACGACGUCUGUCUGUCGCCGUUGGCACCGCUGAACAAGAACUGCUCGGUGCAGAGCGUGUUCGCCUACUUCCAAGACAACAUCGACAAGCUCAACAUGACAGACGGCAUCGAUCCGCUCUCCUACCUCCACCACUUCGACAACUGCAGCAGGAGUGUUGCGAAUGUGGGCUGCUUCGCGAAAUACGGUGGACCGAUUGACGACAUCUCUCUAGUGUUGGGUGGAUUCAAUGGCACUGACUUCCACAUGGCCACUGCUCUGGUGAUCACCAUCCCGGUCACCAACUACAAUGACGACGCCAAGAAGUACCCGGCCCUUGCUUGGGAGAAGGAGUUCAUCAAGCUCAUGAAGCGUUACAACAACACGGAACUCAUGACUGUUGCCUUCAUGGCUGAGCGAUCCAUCGAAGAUGAACUCGAACGGGGCAGCCACUCAGACGUUGUCACGGUUGGGAUCAGCUACAUCAUCAUGUUUGCGUACAUCGCAAUAGCACUGGGUGACAUCAACAGUUGCAGUAGACUUCUGAUUGACUCGAAGAUUUCUCUCGGUCUGGUGGGUGUGCUCAUCGUGCUGCUCUCGGUGGUGGCCUCGCUUGGCAUCUUCAGCUUCUUCAACGUUGCCGCUACGCUCAUCAUUGUCGAAGUGAUACCCUUCCUCGUGCUUGCUGUUGGUGUUGACAACAUCUUCAUCCUGGUGCAGCAGUUUCAGCGCGAUGAACGUCGCGAAGGAGAGACAACGGUGGAGCAAGUGGGCCGUCUGGUCGGAGAAGUGGCUCCCAGCAUGAUGCUGUCCAGCGUCUCCAUGUCGGCUUGCUUCUUUAUCGGUGCCUUGACAGAAACUCCCGCAGUGCGGAUCUUUGCACUCUACGCUGGUGUCGCGCUGCUUAUCAAUUUCUUUUUGCAAAUGACUUGCUUCCUUGCACUCUUCACCAUGGACACACUACGACAAGAGAGCAACCGCCUAGACCUUUGCUUCUGUAUAAAGGCUUCUAAGAAGAGCAAGCCCUCUGAAAACACUAGUCUGCUGUACAAGUUCUUCAAAACUGUCUAUGCACCUUUCCUGCUUACAGACUCCGUGAGAGUCAUUGUGAUGGUGGCCUUCAUUGGUUGGCUGUGCUCCUCCAUUGCGGUCAUAAGCAAGAUUGAAAUCGGCCUCGACCAGGAGCUUGCUAUGCCCCAGGAUUCCUACCUGCAGCAGUACUUCGACUACCUCAAAAAGUACUUGCAAGUUGGACCUCCCGUGUACUUCAUUGUCACCGAUGGCUACGACUACACGGACGUCAAGAAACAGGCCAGGCUGUGUAUAAACGAGCAAGUCUGUGACCAGGACUCCGUGGGGGCUAAGCUCAAGCAGCUAACGUUGCUAAGCAACAGGACGUAUGUGACAAGGCUGCGGUCGUACUGGUUGGACCAGUACAUCCUGUACAUGCGAUCUUCAGAUUGCUGUUAUGAAACCAUAAAAAAUCGUGACUUCUGUUACUCCGAGUUCGGCACUGCAAAUGGAACGUGCCAGUCUUGCAGCGUGCCCAGAACGCAGCCCUUCGCCGGUGAAGAAUUUAAACACCAUCUUCCCUGGUUCCUGGCUGACGUUCCCAACAUGAAGUGCUCUUCAGCUGGUCGUGCAGAGCAUGGAAAUGCUAUAAACCACAUUAAUGGGACCAUUCAAGCUGCCUACUAUUCAGCCUACCAUCCGGUGCUGAGGACGUCAAAGGACUUUUAUACGGCCCUGGAGUGGGCUCGAUUAAUAUCCCACAACUUGACAGACAUGGUCAAGGAAGUGCAGCCCGAGUCCGAAGUGAUUUCUUACAGUCUGGUACAUGUGUUCUACGAGCAGUACCUAACCAUGUGGCCAGACACGUUCAAGAACCUGGCACUCUCACUGGGUGCCAUCUUUGUGGUGACUUUCGUGCUGCUUGGGCUGGACUUUAUGUCGGCACUGGUUGUCACCUUCACCAUCGUCAUGAUCAUCGUCAACCUGAUGGGCCUCAUGUACUGGUGGGACAUAUCGCUCAACGCUGUGUCGCUCGUCAACCUGGUGGUGGGCGUGGGCAUCUCGGUCGAGUUCUGCUCCCACCUGGUGCGGGUGUUUGCCUUCAGCGGUGCUCCCACUAGGGUCAAGCGGGCUCAGGAUGCCCUCACCAAGAUGGGGAGCUCGAUUCUGUCUGGCAUCACGCUGACGGACUGUGGGAUCCUGGUGCUGGCAUUUGCCAAGUCUCAGAUCUUCCAGGUGUUCUACUUCCGCAUGUAUCUGGGGAUCAUCGCUUUCGGCACACUGCACAGCCUCAUCUUCCUGCCCGUGUUCCUUAGCAUUCUAGGUCCUCCUGUGAACAAGGACAAGUUGAUAGAACACAUUCAGCUGCACGAGAUGGUGACGGUGACUCCAACAAUAACGAGGUCCAAGAGUGACAAGUAUACUCCAAAGGAUGUGAGCGCAUAAUGAAGCUCUAGUGACAUAUUUAAAAAUGGUGCGAACCCACGUCAGAGAGAGAAAAAGAAGGAGAGGACAGGCAGUGGCAGCAGCCCCUGACCAGCUUGUGCCCAAGAACUCGUGGCCACGAAGCGUGUCUGUCGUCCUUUCGAGUUUUUUUCUCGUGUUUCGGCACAGCACGACGACGGCACUUCCAAAUAUGGCUGUUGUUACAUGGCUCGCACGUGGUUCUUUCCUUACGAUUCUUUUUUUUUUUGAAUUUGUAUCCCACCCUUUCUCUUUUUUUAAUAUGUACAUGUGAUACAAUCCCUUUUGGGCACGGCCUCCUUGUUACCCUUUCUCGUGCUCUCUCGGGCUAGCGGAGUUGCCUUUGGUGAUGCAAAACUUGCAUAAAACAUUUGCUUGUGAAUAUCUGUGCUUGUGUGUGUGUGUGUAUGUGUCAGUGAUAACUGCGUACUGAUACUUAAGUAGGAAAAUGCAUCCAAGAUGCACACUUGAUUACAGUUGAAGCACUCCUCUUUGUUUUUCUUUUAUAUUAAUUUUCUCAGUUUAUACUGCCGGUAUAUAGCGGUGGUGCUGUAGCGAUCCUGUAUGUUGCACCCAAGCGUGAUUGUAUCAGAAAGCGAUCAGUAUCAGUCAGUAUGGCCGCUUUUGAGAUGCGUGCUUGUUCGUCCCACUGCGUUUCUGCUUUGCUUGUUGUUAACAGUUUUGCAUCACCGGCACUGUGCAUGCUUCGCUGGGGAUUUUUCAGUACGGUGCAAGUCAUCGACAAAGACAUGCAGCGAGUGUCUCCUAUGCGAAACACUGUGUGCAUGUGUAUUCAUUUAUUGAAUCAACUUCUACAUUACAUUACUAAAGUGUGGGUGUCCUGUUGCUUCUUUUAUCGUUUCCUUUGUGUCGGCAUUUUUGGGUGUGGCAACAUUUCGAUACAGCCACUUUUUUUAGUCCUUGGUUUUCUUUGAAAGGACUUCUUUAAACAAAUGUUCCAAAUUGAGAUGACAAGUGGGGAGUGCUCUCUCGCGAGGUCGCGGAAGGUGUUGAUAUGGCAGUGCACUGGUUGCAAGGUUUAUAUCAUCUACUCCGGGCUAUAACCUUGCUCUGCUGUUAUAUUAUAGUCUGGCUUAGAUGAUUGUUGCAAGGGAAGAGACACACUAUCGUGGCAGCACUUGGUGAAUUAUUCAUUAUUAUUUUUUUGAUAGGCAAGCCUCAUUCUUAUUUUAUAGAGCUGCAUGCAAAGAAUCACUGGAGGUCCACAAUUGUGCAUCAACUUUUGGUAAUUUUUCUUCAGUCAGCACAACCUCCUUUCACUUUUCUCCUUGUACAUUCCACAUUGGCUUUAGAUGUUUGCUUCGCAUGUUUGAAAUGCGUGGCUUGGCGACUUAAAGAAAAAGUGUGCGCUUGUGUUACGAGACGAGUUGCAUCUCUAAGACUUCUUUUUAUUCGAAUGUAUUUCUGUAAGACAGGAGAGUCUACUCCCCUCUCCCCCGCUGAGAUUUUUGCAAAUGCUGCUCAACUCUCUGAUCUCGUUUUUCUCGGUCAAUUGUGAUAACAGCCCCUCGUAAACUGUGACAUUUUCUGCGAUGCUCAGUGUUUUCUGUCAGAUCUAUGGUGACAGAAGUUGCUUGGAUGACCCGAUUUCCAAUUUGGCACCUCGAGCAGACGCUGGAAGCAGUUCGUUGCAAAAUUUCAACUUUGGCUGCUUUGUCGAGAUACAUUGCCGAAUCGUCGCCAUCGCAUUGAUUAGGAGGUGGUACAGGCCUCCAUUGGCAGAGUCUAGCGAGAGCUGUGAGUUGAUUAGUGCUUGCAAGUGUGAGGGGCGCGUGUAUGGAGUGUGUUUGCAAUACUGUAUGUGCACUGUCUUAGUCUUUUUGUUGUUGUUUUUCUCUCUAGGUCUUUUUCUUGCGAUCAAGAAGGCAGGUAUCUUAUCGGCCCCAUUCUUAUUUUCGCAUAUGAUCAAAAAGAAAACUUUCCAUUGUGACCAGACCGACAGAUGUGUGUACUGUCUGAACAUUGUCUUUUGCCAAGCGGUGGUGUUGUCUGUAGCGUGAAGCAUUCUAGUCUUUCUUUCUCUUUGAUACUACUUUGUUUUUUUAACUGAAGGGCUUGGGAAUAGAAUGGUUGCGUCUUAUUUAUUUCGAACUUUAGGGCAGAAGAGAAUUUAUUCUAACUUGGCGCCUACUUCCCUCAAAUGGGCAGACCAUGCGUCAAGCGUUGUUCUGGCCUUGCAACAGUUCAUGGUGCUUGAAGAAAUGAGUUUUCUCGUUUUAAGGUUGAGAGAUACUCGCUUCUCACCCAUCUUGUGCCUUUUCGGUGGUUGCAGAAAGGGAAAUUUUUUAACUCCAACAUUUUAUUCUAAUGAGCGUCGAUUCACUGAUAUUCAUAAAAAACAAGUUUUCUCUUCUUUCUUUACCAAUGCUCACCAACUGAAGUAGCGAAAGGUCCACAUGGCCCCCUGUUCUUACUGUCUUAAUGCUUCACAAUUUUUUUAUGGAAAUUGUUGAUAUUGUGGGCAUUAAGGCAUUGUUCUCUCUUUAACCUGGCUGCCUUCCUUGAAACUGCCUGUGGCAAACAUGCAUUUCUAAAGAGAGGAAAGAGAGGAAAGAGAUUUAAGAUGAAGCCGUUUGAUCUUGUGAUUUUAGUGAACAUUCAUGUGAAUGUGUGAUAGUGCAUUGUUACCCCUGGGAAUGAUUAUACAUUUGUGUGGAGGCAUGGAACCCACAUCACUGCUCUGGAACAAGUUGUACAGCAAAAGUGUACAGUAAAGACCAAUAAAAAUAUGUGUUGUCUUGUGGUACAUAAA